GGUAUCUCAAAAGAGAUGAUAAAGGUUGAGCCAAACCUACACCGAGCGAGUGAUGUAGCUGAGUUGGGCUGCAAGCCUCUCUUCAAACAAGUCUGUACCUUCCUUCCCUACCCUUUUCGACCACCCGCACUCUCCCAUCAACCAGACACCCUCGCUCUACCACAACUACCUGUUUCCCCAACCACCAUCACCACCCAACAAACAUUCCUUACCAUCACGAAAUGCCUCCCUCCAAAGUUACCGAUGCAGGCAUGAGCAGCUCCAAUAAGCCUCCGCUUACACCGCCUAGCUCGGACAACGACACCGACGACUUCUCCCCAAGUAGCAUGUUAACCCUAACUGUCAAGAUUGACAGUCCAGACAUGGACGAUAUACCCUAUCCCGUAGAGAUCAGACUAGAGACCGACGGCUUCGGCGCAUUCGCCGGCGUUUCCGGCACCGUCGAUCCCAGCAAUCUUAGCAAGCUCAGCUCGACGGCCCUAGCCUUGGGCGGCAGCUACGACAGCAUCGACGACGACGCUAUCACCGAUGACAGCGACGACGAGAUGCCCCCGCUCGUGGCCAGCGGCAGCUCCGAGCUGUCGGACCCCGUCUCGGCGAACAUCUCCGACCCCGAAGGCUCCAGCGACGUCGAGUUCGAGAACGUCGAAUUCGAGACCGGCCUCCAGUCGCCGAUCAUCAUCUCGUCGUCGAGCGUCAUCCCAUCGGAGAGCGACUGGCCCAGCUCCGAAUCCGACCCCGACGACGAGGAGGAGACCACCUCAAACUCCACCUUCAAGCUGGUGUACACACCCAACAAGUGCACCGAGUCGCCUCUUGCGCCGCUGCUGCUGCUCCGCAUCCCGUGCGUCAACGGCUCGCAGUCGGGCGCCAUCCACUUCCACCCGCUGUUCUCGUGGUCGGCAAUGGCCGUGCCGCCUUCGAACCUCCGCAGUGCGAUCUCUCUGCGGGAGACCAGCGGCCGCCAGACGACGCUGUGCUCGUCGCAUUUCCUGCCGGGCAUCCCCUCGCGCCUAUUCCCGCUCACCAUGUACGAGGUCCUGAACGCUGUCUACUCGAAGCUGGAGAUCGUGUAUAGCCCCUGGGAGUUGGGAGCGGGCCCCCAAGAUGGAUGGUACGCCGAGUGGUGCGGCGAGCAGGUGCACUAUGCUGGCCUCACGCUGCAGGAUUACCUCGACGAUGCGAGGGAGAAGAACCUGGCCGUCGCGGUGUUCGGGCUUAGGUCCACGGAGGGCUGUGACUGGGUUGAGGAUAUAGGGUUUGGUGGCAUGGAGGAGUGGAUGGUGGCGAGAGAGGGCCGCAGGAUGAGGGAUAAUUGGGUGGAGGAUCCGGAUAGUGUUGUUUGGUUGCGUACGGGAGUGAUGGGUGGGUAGAUGGGUUGCCGAGCUAGAGAUUUCUUGUGGCCUUUUAAUGAUUUGAUUUUGUUUUGCAUAGAAGAUACGGCUGAUAGAUUUAUUUUUUCAAUUGUUGGAUUUGACCAAGGCUGUUGAUGGUCUACAAUGUACUUAGUUGAGGUCGAU